GCAGCCUGGUUUAGGUUAAUAAUCGAUGCUUGUAAUUAAUGGGAGGGGCGGGGCGGGUUAUUGGAGGUGUCGUGUGGUCGCCCCGUGUGUUUCUUUGGUGGCUUGUCAGAUCAGAUUUUUGAGUUAUUUUUUUUUUCUUUCUUGGAAGAGAGAUUUUACGGCCCCCUUCUGCGCUCCACGCUGUGGACCGGCUGGGGAGGGAGGCAGCGGUGACGACUGGCAGUGAGUGCGCACAGCAGAGAGAGAGCUAGACUGACUUUCAAGGGGCAGGCAGAGUCUGCAGGCAGGAAAUAGCCAUUCAACAGAGCAGGGAUCUAUCCAUACACGGCGAAUUAUAAAGUUGUAGUUAUCACAAAGCAGAGAGAGGGGGGGAGUGCCGUUGGAGGAGCCUGAAUCUCUGUUCCAGGGGCCGCUGGACCAGGUUUUAGCGCAUGUAGAGAGGAGGAGGGAGAAGGAGGAGGAGGAGGGAGGUGGAGGGGGCAGUGAGUGAGUACGUUUCACAGGAUCCAGGCCUAGUAGUAUUGCCGCUGGGACUCUCCUCAUCCGCUUUCAAAAAAUUGGAAAUUGGCACAUUUAAACGCCAAAAUGAGCGGGUUGAGGGUCACGUUAGUGGUGGCCGACACCGGAAUGGGAGGAACCAUGUCAGCAUGAGCGGGCCUUACCCAGGCCCUGGCAGAGAAACUCAUCAGUCCAGCUGCCCUUUGACCUCCAGCCGAGACCUCUCCGCCCACUCCUGCCCCUCCAGACACCAUGACCGCAGGGUCGGGCUAACCAUGUCUGCCGCCGCCUCCUCCCUCAAGCAUGCCUCCGUCUAUGGGUUUACACAAAGGGACCACUCCUCCUCCUCCUCUUCUUCUUCUUCCUCCUACAGUCCUCUCAGGAGGCUACAACAUCUCACCACCAUGGUGAGCCAGCCUGACAUGGUUCUGCCGGUGAGGGAGCCAGAGAGGAGCUGGGAGUGGGGGGUGAAUAAAAAGGAGAGGGGGAAGGAGAGGGAGAGGGACUCCUGGGCUGAUUGCAAUAGCAGUGAUUAUUCUGGCACCGGGAACACAAGCAGGGAGGAGAGCUUUGGUGGCUCUUCUGCUGGACAGAAACAACCUGUGGUCCAAACUAGAAGUCGAGACGUGCCAGCAGCCAAUCGCAGCGAUCCUAUGGUCUCCGAGAAAAAGACAGAAGGUUGUUUCUCAGGCCCGCCCAGCCCGGCCUUCUCUCUCGAUAGCAACAGCCCCUUCGCUAACGGCUUCCUCCACUUUGAAUCCUCUUUGUUUGAGGAUGACGACAACGAUGCAGAGCGCGACACCGUGUCACCUCUGGGAGGAGGCUCGCAGGACAAACCGGAGAGGGCGGGGAAUGAUCGUCAGUCCACUCCUGGACACUUGAAUUCGGACUGCAAAGUUGCUACCCUGUCGUCCGCUAAGGUGGUCACCCGGUCCCAGUCUUCGGGUCAGCGCAGGAGAUACUGGGACGGCUCCGAUGACGAGUGGGAGAGCGACACCGAGCUGUUCCUGUUUGGAGAUAGUCCCUCAAGGCAUUCAAUGAGCAGCCUCAAGAAGAAGUCUGUGCCGCCUGUAAAGUUUUUAGAGGGUGAAGUUAUUUGGGCAAAGUUCAACCGAAGACCGUGGUGGCCCUGUGAGGUGACUGUUGACCCUGCACAGGGAAUCUAUCACAGAGUAAAAGAACCCAGUGACCGGCCCUGUCGGCUCUACCAUGUCAGGACCUUUGGGGAGCCUGUUGAGCUAACCUGGGUGGAGGAAAAAGCAACUCACAGUUUCCACGGAGGCUUUGAAUUUGAACAGCUCACCCUACUGCGCCGGAGGGGGAAGCAAAGGGAGCAGAACUACAAAUACACUAUUGCCAAGCGUUUUCAGGACUCUUGGAAAAUGAGUGUGGCGGAAGCUGAAUUUGUUCUCCAAGAGCGAUCCAAAAUGGCUUCCUCCAUUACUUCGUUGAUAGAUGAUGCCUUCCAUGACACUCCCACACCGGAACAAGAGAACAAGGCACGUCCCAUCUUUCCUCUCUCUACUUCACCCACCCUUCCUGAGACUUUGCACAUGACCAAUGGAUCCAUUUUAUCCCCAGUUACAACUCCAGCAAAGCCAAGCACUUUAAGGAAAUAUUCUGGCAAGAAGAAACCAAGUAAAUCAAAGGACAUAAGUACUAAGCACUCUAAAAAGACGUUGCGUAAUAGCCCUGACCAAUCAGAUAGAGACAAUGGAGAGUGCCCAUAUUCUGACCUUGACUCAAUCCCCAAGAUUUUGUGUCCUAAUGCACUUGAACGUCAGUCUAAGCUAGUUCCAACACAGCCAUCUGUUACAGUUGUCAAAGAGGUAAAGAAGCAGCCAGAGAUUCAGAGUGGUCUUUGGUUCAGUAAAUCAGGCAAAGACAGACGACCUAAAACAACUAGCCCAAUGCCAGACCGCACUCUCUUUAGUAAGGUCCCCUGUAAGAAAAAAAACUCAUCUGUUGUAAGUAAAAAGUCACUGGUUCCUAGUGCCUCCUCUUCCAGUGGUGCAUCCAGUGACCAGUCAGGAUUGUCAGAUAAGCAUAAGACUCUGGUACCUGCUGAAACAAAUAUUUCACCUGAACAGUCAGUACAUUUGAAGUGUAAAAACACUGCAGUUGCUAAUAGGCCUUUUGGUACAACUGGCAGUCCCUCUGAACAGUCAGGAUUGCCAGAUAAGCGUAAGACUCUGGUACCUGCUGAAACAAAUCUUCCACCUCAACAGUCAGGACAUUUAAAGUGUAAAAACACUGCGGUUGCUAAUCGGCCUUUUGGUACACCUGCCAGUCCCCCUGAGCAGUCAGAAUUGUCGGACAAGCAUAAGCCUCUGCUACCUGCUGAAACAAAUAUUCCACUUAACAAAUCAAGACAUUUGAAGCGUAAAAACCCCCCGGGUGCUAAAAGGCCUUUUGUUACAACUGGCAGUCCCACUGACCAGUCAGGAUUGUCAGAGAAGCAUAUGACUCUGGAACCUGCUGAAACAAAUCUUUCACCUGAACAUUCAGGACAUUUGAAGCAUAAAAACACCCCGGUUGCUAAUAGGCCUUUUGGUAUAACUGACAGUCGCACUGACCAGUCAGAAUUGUCGGAUAAGGAUAAGACUCUGGCACCUGCUGAAACAAAUAUUUCACCUGAACAAUCAAGAUAUUUUAAGCGUAAAAACACCCCGGUUGCUAAAAGACCUUUUGGUACAACUGGCAGUUGCACUGACCAGUCAGGGUUGCCAGAUAAGCAAAAGACUCUGGCACCUGCAGAAACAAAUAGUCCACCUGAACAGUCAGGACAUUUGAAGCAUAAAAACACCCCGGUUGCUAAUAGGCCUUUUGGUAAAACUGGCAGUGCCCCUGACCAGUCAGGAUUGUCGGACAAGGAUAAGACUCUGGUACCUGCUGAAACAAAUAUUCCACUUAAACAAUCGAGACAUUUGAAGCGUAAAUUAACCCCGGUUGCUAAAAGGCCUUUUGGUACAACUGACAGUCGCACUGACCAGUCAGGAUUACCAGAUAAGCAAAAGACUCUGGCACCUGCUGAAACAAAUAUUCCACCUGAACAGUCAGGACAUUUGAAGCAUAAAAACACCCCGGUUGCUAAAAGGCCUUUUGGUACAACUGACAGUCGCACUGACCAGUCAGGAUUACCAGAUAAGCAAAAGACUCUGGUACCUGCUGAAACAAAUAGUCCACCUGAACAGUCAGGACAUUUGAAGCAUAAAAACACCCCGGUUGCUAAAAGGCCUUUUGGUACAACUGACAGUCGCACUGACCAGUCAGGAUUGUCUGACAAGGAUAAGACUCUGGUACCUGCUGAAACAAAUAUUCCACUUAAACAAUCGAGACAUUUGAAGCGUAAAAACACCCCGGUUGCUAAAAGGCCUUUUGGUACAACUGACAGUCGCACUGACCAGUCAGGAUUACCACAUAAGCAAAAGACUUUGGCACCUGCUGAAACAAAUAUUUCACCUGAACAGUCAGGACAUUUGAAGCAUAAAAACACCCCGGUUGCUAAAAGGCCUUUUGGUACAACUGACAGUCGCACUGACCAGUCAGGAUUGCCAGACAAACGGCAGUCGCUUGUGUCUGUUGAGACUGGUUUGCUCUUUGACAAGUGUAAAUUUUCAAAGAGCAGAAAGACAUUCAGUAAUACAGUUGACACUGUGUCUGAAUCAUUGUCUGACCAAUUAAGUAGCUCAGAUGGUAAAAAGGCCUUGGAGCCCAGUCAAGUCAGUUUCAAUGACUUAUCCAGAUUGAGUGUAAAGAGAGUCAGUCAAACUCAACAUUCAGACACGAUGGAAAAUAAAAAAGUCCAUGUAAUUGACAGGAUUUCUGACCAAGCAGAAGAAAAAGAAAGCAUCAAGACUCCUGCGUCCACUUUGAAUGUUGACACUACUGACCCAUUAGCAAGGCUAGAAAAGCAAACAAUUAUUGUCUCUAAGUGUAGGGUGCCCUUUGUCAAAUUAAUACGCAAGGACAUCAAAGGUAAGAAGUUCCUAAAUUCCAGUGUAACCAUUUGUCCCAAUGAACAACCUAGAUGUACAAAGAAUGAAAAAACACCAGAUACUAAUGUGAGUAAAAAGUCCUCUAAACAAUCAGAUUGGGUAGGUGACAAGGCAAGUGUCUCCAUAGAUCAGGCAGUAAGUUCAGAAUCCAUAAAGGUCUCAGUUAAGAAGUUGAAAGCAAGUGGUGGGAGUGGUAUACUUCGUCUCUCGUCAGAAUCAUCACACGGUAAAACUAUCAUUGCCUCAGAUGUGGCAAGUGUGUCUGAUGAGUUAGGUAGCCCAGAAACGGAAAGGGUACCAGGUUUAAAUGUAAGCCCAAGUAAUGUGACUUACUCAUCCUCUAACCAAUCAGAACAGUCUAAAGUUAAGAAGCCCCCUGCAUCCAAUGUAACAAGCAUGUCAUCUGACCGGUUAGGCAGCUCAGAGAAAAAAAAAUCAUCUGCCACUAGUACAGCUUUUAAUACAACUCCUCUACCUUCUCACCGGCAUGGGGAUUUAGUAUGUAGGGAAGCUCAUGUGCCUGAAGGCCUGUCUUCUGCGAAAUCCAAGAAAGUUGUCCACAAAUCAAAGCAAGAACCAGAUGAAGUAAAAAAAGUCCAUGAACCACCUGUCCACCUCCCAGCCAGCAGUCGCCUGAUGACCAGAGCCCUGAAGGCCAUGCAGGAGGCGGAGCAGAAAAAGCGUGAAAAAGCCAGAAAGGAGUCUGAGCAGAAAGAACUCUUGAAUCCAUACAGAAAAGCUGAGGACCUUGUAUGCACCUCUGCACACAAGUCCAAACUGGACUUUUGCACUAAAAUAGAAUCUGUGAAAUCAUAUUAUAAUAACAAUGAUAAGUGUGAUCAGGACACUAUUUCUAGCUGUAGCAGCACCCCUUUGACGUUUACUGAUUUAGUUGACUUUGAAGUUGAUGUCAAGAGCGAAGAUGAAGACCUCUCAAUCUCCUCAACUCCACCAAUGGACUUCAUACCCCUUACUUCUAAGAUAAAGGCAAAGAAGGAAGAUCAUUCCUCUGACGUACACUCCUCGUCCUCACCUUCAUCACCAUUUUCUUUUAUGAAUGCCUUUAAAAACGUGGAUGAGGUAUCGUUCCAGUCCCUGACAAAUGAGGGAGAUGGUAAACCCAUCUCUUUCAAACCAGAUACAAACUACAAGUUCAGCACUUUUCUCAUGAUGCUGAAGGACUUGCAUGACACUAGAGAGCGAGAGGGGACCCCCUUAGAACUGGAAAUUGGGCCACCAAGUGCACAUGUUAAGGAGGAACCCUUGGUGAUGCCUGGGGAGGCUACACCUGCAGUCCAAGAUCCACAAAUUGAACAUGUAAAUUCAAAUUCCAUUCCAGACAAAACUGAAAUCAAACACAAUGAGGAGAGCACAAGUCAGACCUCCAAGAGGCUCUAUAACAGAAGGGGCAGCUCCACUGGGGUAAAAAAGAAAGCCAACCGCCAAGUGCCUUGUCGUCCUGCCAGGUCUGGACCUGGUAUUCCAGGACUGGAGUCCUUGCCAGCAAUGGACUUAACAUCAGGAGCGGAUUGCUCAUCAAGAGUCCAGUCCCUGUUAGGCAUACAGACCAGCAGCUGGAAGAGGCAGGCUGGAGGUGGUGAAGGAGUAGCUGGGGAGGAGAAACUGGGGGAAAGGUGGAGCAAAGUAAAUGAGAAUCUACAGAACAUGGUGCCUUUGGAGCAGAGGGGAUGCAACACUACGCUGUGUCUGGAACAGCCGAAUGGCCUUGUUGCAGACUGCACUGAGACUAACACAAGCUUGAUGCACAACGCUGGAGAAGGCGACAAAGCUCCAAAAGCACAAAAGCGAAUAAGAAAACCAAGCAAGAGGCUGAUUGAAUGGACUGAAGAGUAUGAUCAGAUUUUCUCCACCAGGAAGAAAAUCAAAAAGCCUCUCCAGUCGAUCGGAAAGGCCACUCAGCCCAUUUCGUCCAUGUCCGAACCCCCGGGAUCGGACAACAGCACACACAACCACCCAUCCUUGAGCUUGCUUCCUGAAAUACAGACGCCACCUCCUGAGGAAAUUGCUGCAACAACGCCCUCUGAACUGCAAAUUCCCAGCACUGAAAACACAACCCCCCAAGAUGCACCGGUGCUUUCCAUCGACACACUAACCCCUCCUCCUGAAGCUGACCCCUCGCCGUCAGAAGGCCUUGUCAAAGGCAACGGAAACGUUCCCAUGCUGGAGAAGAAGCGAAAGAGGAAACCCACUCAGAAGAUCCUGGAGUACUGUCUGGAGGCAGAGGCCUCAACAGGGCCCAAGAAGAAGGUCAAAACACUGAAGAACAAUCCAAAUCCUGCUCCUCAAUCAGAUUCUGGACCGUCAUCUUUAAAGUCAAAGAGUAAGCAGCUCACAGCUUUCAGCUCCACGCCGACACCCACAGAUGCUUCCACGGGUACCUCCACAGAUCCGCCUCCCAGCUCUCCUGCACCCUCCACUCAGGCACCAGUACCAGCACCGGUACCAGUACCGGCACCGGUACCGGCACCGGCACCAGCCCCGCCCAAACCCGCCCAGGUGGAGACGGCGUCAGCAGCCGUUGAUGCUCCUCAAAUGGAAGACAAAAAGGACACCGCAGAGUCAGAGGGUGAACCAUCCAGCUUGGAUCACAGCUUCUCCUCCAUGAAGGACGACUUAUCACUGUGUGACGAUCCUGUUUUACCUUCGAGGAAGAUCAUAGGGGACCGAGGAGGUCCUGCCUCCAUGAAGGAGAACAUAUGUCAGGUGUGUGAAAAGACGGGGGAGCUGCUGCUCUGUGAGGGUCAGUGCUGUGGAGCCUUCCACCUGCCCUGCAUCUCUCUGGCCGAGGCCCCUAAAGGGAAGUUUGUCUGUCCGGAGUGCAAAUCAGGCAUCCACACCUGCUUUGUAUGUAAAAAGCGCAGCGAGGACGUGCGGCGCUGUAUGAUUCCUGUGUGUGGGAAGUUUUAUCACGGCGAGUGUAUCGCCAACUUCGCCCCGACCGCGCCUGUGAACCGAGGUUUCCGCUGCUCCAUCCACGUCUGUCUCACCUGCUUCAUCGCCAACCCCAACAGCUCGUCCAUCUCCAAAGGUCGUCUGGUUCGGUGUGUGCGCUGCCCGGUAGCCUAUCACGCUACGGACCUCUGCAUGGCAGCGGGCAGCGUCGUCCUCUCCAACAACAGCAUCGUCUGUCCUAACCACUUCACCCCCCGCCGCGGCGUCAAGAACCACGAGCACGUCAACGUCAGCUGGUGCUUCGUCUGCACCGAAGGAGGCAGUCUGCUGUGCUGCGAGUCCUGUCCUGCUGCGUUCCACCGGGAGUGUCUGAACAUGGAAAUGCCUAAAGGCAGCUGGUACUGCAACGACUGCAAGGCUGGGAAGAAACCUCACUACAAGGACAUCCUCUGGGUGAAGGUUGGGCGGUAUAGGUGGUGGCCAGCGGAGGUCAGCCAUCCCAAAACGAUCCCCGAGAACAUCCAGCGGAUGAGGCACGACGUCGGGGAGUUUCCUGUUCACUUCUUCGGCUCCAACGACUACCUGUGGACCUACCAGGCCAGGGUCUUCCCUUAUAUGGACGUGGACGCCAACAGCAAGGAGAAGAUGGGGAAAGGUGUUGACGCCACCUACAAGAAAGCUUUGGAGGAGGCGGCUGUUCGAUUUCGUGAGCUGCAGGCGGAGAAGGAGCUUCGGCAGCUUCAGGAGGACAGGAAGAACGACAGGAAACCUCCUCCGUACAAACAUAUAAAGGUGAAUCGACCAAUAGGAAAGGUUCAGAUCUUCACGGCCGACCUAUCGGAGAUCCCGCGCUGUAACUGUAAGGAGACCGAUGAGAGCCCGUGUGGGAUGGACUCGGAGUGCAUCAACCGCAUGCUGCUGUAUGAGUGUCACCCGCAGGUUUGCCCGGCGGGAGAGCGCUGCCUCAACCAGGCGUUCACCAAGCGUCAGUACAGCCAGGUGGAGAUCUUCAGGACACUGUCCCGAGGCUGGGGGCUCCGCUGUGUCCACGACAUCAAGAAGGGUCAGUUUGUGAGCGAGUACGUCGGGGAGGUGAUUGACGAGGAGGAGUGCAGGUCUAGGAUCAGACACGCCCAGGAGAACGACAUCUGCAACUUCUACAUGCUCACUCUGGACAAGGAUCGAAUCAUCGAUGCCGGGCCGAAAGGGAACGAGGCUCGCUUCAUGAACCACUGCUGUCAGCCCAACUGUGAGACGCAGAAGUGGACGGUGAGCGGAGACACCCACGUGGGACUGUUUGCUCUCGUUGACGUUGCUGCAGGCACAGAGCUCACCUUCAACUACAACCUGGAGUGUUUGGGGAACGGGAAGACGGUCUGUAAAUGUGGAGCACCAAACUGCAGCGGCUUCCUGGGCGUCAGGCCAAAGAACAACCCUCCGUCUGAAGACAAAGGCCGUAAGAUGAAGAGGAGGGGCCACGGCAGGAGGAAGAAGAAGGUGGUGGUGACCAAAGAACGAGAGGACGAGUGUUUCAGCUGCGGAGACGGAGGACAAAUGGUUUCCUGUAAGAGACCCGGCUGUCCCAAAGUUUACCACGCCGACUGCCUCAACCUCACCAGGAGGCCUGCCGGUCGUUGGGAGUGUCCGUGGCACCAGUGCGACAUCUGUAAUAAGGAGGCGGCUUCAUUCUGCGAGAUGUGCCCCAGCUCCUUCUGCAACCAGCACCGCGACGGCCUGCUCUUCAUCUCCAAGCUGGACGGCAAGCUGUGCUGCAGCGAACACGACCCCUGCGGGCCCGACCCGCUGGAGCCGGGGGAGAUCCGCGAGUACACGGCCGAGCCCGGAGCCCUGACCUCGGGGCUGGGCAUGGCCGUCAUCCCCCCCGUUACCGCUGCGUCUGCUGCUAACGGCACCGCUGCCGGUCCAAACCCGAGCAGGAAGCUCCCGGAGGUCAGCGCCGGCGCCGGGGCGGCUGCCACCGAGCCGCUUCCUGCUUUUUCCCUCCCGGUAGCCAUCACGAUUCCCGUGGCAGCGCCCGCCUCCUCGCCUCCGCCCGGCAGCUAUGACGCUCCCAGCAGCCCGCUGGCGUACGACCUCCCGCACUACUCGCCCAUCUCCUCGUAUGAGGAGGAGAGGGAUGUCGAAGAGGAGGAGCUGGAGGAAGUGGAGGAAGAGUCAGAGGAAGAUGGUGAGGUGGGGAGGCAGAAAUCAGGUGCUCACGAAGAGGAUGGAGAGACGGUGAUGGAAUACCUGGAAGAGGACGAGGAGGAAGAGGACGAAGAAGAGGAGUGACGCACAGUGGAUUAUUAUUACAACUAAAAGCAACGAGGCCUCACACUCACUACAGCGGUAAUCUACUGUAUGUCCACGAUGUUCCACUUUUGGGAUUGCUCCGGUGCUGCCGGAAAUUCUGCCGGAUGUCCCUCUUUUCAGAUAUCCAUUACCCUCCUCUUCCUCUGUGUUGGCGCUCUAACCUCCGGUAGAUUUGUGAGGACUAUGGUUAACUGCUCCUCAGAUCUCUGCAGGGUAAAUCCAGACAGCUAGCUAGGCUAUCUGU